CACAAUACCACAGGUGGGAGCUCACGUGACGAUUAGCAGGUAGGGCGGGAUUACAUUGGUAGAAAGAGACGGAAAACCUAAUGAGGCAACAGGUGGAUGGAGGAAGAGAAAGUAACAUCCACUAACAAAGACAAUCUGGAGGAGAAAGAAGGCAGCUCUUUUGACAGUGUAAAGGAGACUCAAUCUGUUUCUUAUUCUGUGUGGAAGAGUAGUGCUUACUACUGGCUGUUCAGUGCAUUCUGUUGCCGUUGGAAAUGAACUGGGGCAACACCUGAGAGGAGGCUGGUCGGGAGCAGAAAGGGAAUGUUUUCUUUCUGUAGAAUUGAGCCGCUGUUAACCUCACCUGAUGGAUGUACGGGGGGAGAGAGGCCUGAUUGGAGGGAACAUUCUGGGCUUGACUGAAAGACCUGUGCUCCGUUCUCAGCUCUGAGGUGGUUAUAUGGCCAGAAGGAAAUCCUGUAUCACACCUGAUCAACUAAAGAAUGCUAUUUUCCACACUUGUGCUGUGACCUACUACAGUACUGAAGCUACUGUAUAUGAGAACCUUCUCUGGCCAGGGAGGAUUUAGAAGUCACGAAGCGACAGGUACAAGUCAACAAGAGACCCUGGGUCAUCUGGGAUUAUAACCUAGCAACAACCAUCAGGGGAUAGCAUUGUAAGGCAGACAUCACUCACUUGCUUAUAACACAGUUGUAACAUAGUCCUAGCAUUGUGACGUGACACUAAGUCAGUGUCUUGGUGUGGCUCCCAGGCCCAGACAGCCCACUCCUCUUCACGAUGCAACAGCCAACUGGAGGAGUGGAGCAGCAGGACCAAUCCUUUGAUUUCCUGUUCAAGAUCAUCCUGAUUGGAGAUUCUAACGUGGGCAAGACCUGCGUGGUCCAGAGCUUCAAGUCAGGACAGUUCUCAGAGAGGCAACAGAACACCAUAGGAGUGGACUUCACCGUGCGGACAGUGGACAUCGAGGGCAAGAAAAUUAAGAUGCAGGUAUGGGACACGGCUGGACAGGAGCGUUUCCGGACCAUCACCCAGAGUUACUACCGCAGCGCCCACGGCGCCAUGAUUGCCUAUGACAUCACACGCCACGGAACCUUUGACUCUGUGUCCAAUUGGAUCAGGGAGGUGGAGCUGUACGGCGCGGCCAAUGUAGUGCUCUGUCUCAUUGGUAACAAGUCUGACCUGGAGUCUGAGCGUCAGGUGUUGUUCCAGGAGGCAUGCUGUAUGGCUGAGGAGAGAGGCAUCCUGGCAGCGUUAGAGACCUCAGCUAAGGAGAACCAGAAUGUGGACGAUGCCUUCAUGAUGAUGGCCCGCGAGCUGCUGGCACGCAACGGCACUGCCGUCCGGCAACAGGCCCCUGGCAACAAUGACUCGCCCCGCGUCCUGCUCCGAGCCAACUCACGACCAAUCAACGGGCCAGCGGUGAUCACAGACAGGAAGACGUGUUGCUGACAUAGAGAGGAGGAAGGACAGCAGAGGGAGUGUAAGAAUGGAUACCUGCGUGUGUGCCGCUGUGUUACCUGGAAGAGGACAGGUAAGAAUGGAUACCUGCGUGUGUGCCGCUGUGUUACCUGGAAGAGGACAGGUAAGAAUGGAUACCUGCGUGUGUGCCGCUGUGUUACCUGGAAGAGGACAGGUAAGAAUGGAUACCUGCGUGUGUGCCACUGUGUUACCUGGAAGAGGACAGAAUGAGGCAGGGAUCAUCAACUAGAUUCAGCUGCGGGACGAUGUUUUACUGGAACGGAUGGUCGAGGGGCCGGGAACACAAUUACAAUUCAUUUGUAAACCACAAAUUGACCGCAAGAAGCCCAAACAGAUAUAGUUUGACGAAACAUAAUCAUUUCAAACCUUGGUCACGUUUGUAUACGGUCACGUGUCUCUCCAUUAUGCGUGGGAAUACUUGGGAACAGAUUUCUUAAAUUAAAAUCACUUGGAGCUGAUUUCCUGGUGUUUCAACAAUCUUUAAUGUCCAACAAUAAAAAUUCCACAAUGAAAUAUAUAUAUAUAAUAAAUAAAACCCACCCGCGGGCCGCCACCUGGGGAACCCUGGAAAAGGGGAAGCUGAGACCGUUACAGGCAGAACACACACUCCUUUGUGUGUGACUUUAAGUACUAUUGACCUAUGACCUAUGUAGUGGUGUAGCGCAGUUUCUCAAACCCCCGACCCCCCCACAAGGUACGAGCAAUUUAAUUUUAGAAAUGCUAUGUAGCAUUUUUAUAGCUGAUCUCAUGCUCUUUUCCAUAUUCUGCUGAGAGAACAUGUUGCUGUUUUAGUUCUCAGGGAUUCUUGAAAGACGGGACAAUUUCAACUUUUUCCCACGAAUGUUGGUCUUAAUAUUAACAAAAUGUGAAAUAUAUAUUUUGAUCGACCAAAGUAUCAGCUAUCACACCAUGUAAAUGAAUAACUUCCUAAUCACAUUUUUCAUAAAUCAUCAAAUGCAACUAAUUGGAUUUAUGUCAACUCCGUCAGACACCAUAAGGCAUUUUCAUUUACAAUUAUUAAGUGUUUAAAACGGCCUUGGAUUGUUUCACUCUAACAUUAGAUUAUUAAAAUAAGUAAUCCAAAUCUCCAAACUUCUUUUUGUUUAGUUUUCUGGAUUUAAGACAUAAAACAACAUUUAUAAAACUAACAUCAGCCCCAGGUCGAACAUAGCAAAUAUUAGAACUGUUUCACCAUCUGUUGCAGAACAAUUCAAAUAUUUUGUCUGAAUAUUGACAACAACAAAAUCUUAAGGGGGUUCGUCCUCAGUGACGGAGUUGACAAGCCACUGAUGUAGUUGGCAACACAUGAUACUGCCUCUAAAAAUACAAGUUCAAUACAAACAUUUGUAAAAUAUGGAAAAUGAUUCAUUUCACCACUCUGACGGAGUUGACGUUAGACAAAAACCCGACAGAGUUGAUGCCUAACAGAGAGGACAAAAAUGGAUGCCUAACAGAGAGGACAAAAAUGGAUGCCUAACAGAGAGGACAAAAAUGGAUGCUUAAUUCAAGUGGAAUACACAGUAGCAAUUAUGUUUUACUCAGUUGCUUUAUGACUCUAAAACCUCAUUUAAAGAAUAUUUUUCACUCGAAACUGAGAUUUGGUGAACUCCGUCAGAUUAGUCUAAAAUCUCAAAAGAAUCAGGAUUGAGUAGGGUCAGCUAUGCCAUAAGGACCCCUUGUCAUUAGAGUACGAUAUAAUAUGAAUUUUGGUUAAAGUGUGUUACAUUUAAGUCACAGAGGGCUCUUGCAUAAAACUACAUAAGAUCGAGUUUCAGUUAAUAUCCAUUAUUACCAUUUUUUAAUUUUUAUUAAAAAAUAGUUUUGGGGAGUUUGAAAUUAGGAUCCUUUGCUCAGGACAGGGCAUUUCCAGGCAUAGAGCCGACAUGGAAAUUAAUAAUAUUGAAAGUAUUUAGAAGAUUUGAAAAAUAUAUAUAUAUAGUGUGUGUGCUAUGCCAGUGGAUCUAUGACACUGUGACCUUGUGUGUCCCGGGGGGUAAUGGACUGGAGUGGUGGAUCUAUGACACUGUGACCUUGUGAUU